GAGGGUCUUUCUGGAUGAGAUGAGCACUUGAGUGUGUAGACUGAGCGGCGCAUGUCGCCCUCGCCCGGUCCGUAGGGCCCUCACUGGAACGAAGGCUGAGCGCGAGAGAACUCACUCCGUCUGCUGUUCUCCUGCCUCUCACCCCGCCUGGGUCCUCGGCUGGCGGCUCUCCUGCUUGUCGGGCCCUCAGCCCACCCGUCUCGGGACUCCUUGGCCUCCAUAAUCACUCUGAAGGAUGACCUCGAGGAAGAAAGUGUUGCUGAAGGUUAUCAUCCUGGGAGACUCUGGGGUUGGGAAGACGUCACUCAUGAACCAGUACGUGAACAAGAAAUUCAGUAACCAGUACAAAGCCACAAUAGGAGCCGACUUCCUGACGAAGGAGGUGAUGGUGGAUGACAGGCUCGUGACGAUGCAGAUCUGGGACACGGCCGGACAGGAGCGGUUCCAGUCCCUCGGUGUGGCCUUCUACAGAGGUGCAGACUGCUGCGUCCUGGUGUUCGACGUGACCGCCCCCAACACAUUCAAAACCCUCGAUAGCUGGAGAGACGAGUUUCUCAUCCAGGCCAGUCCCCGGGAUCCGGAAAACUUCCCCUUCGUGGUGUUGGGAAACAAGAUUGACCUCGAAAACAGACAAGUGGCCACGAAGCGGGCACAGGCCUGGUGCUACAGCAAAAACAACAUCCCCUACUUUGAGACCAGUGCCAAGGAGGCCAUCAACGUGGAGCAGGCCUUCCAGACGAUCGCCCGGAACGCGCUCAAACAGGAAACCGAGGUGGAGCUGUACAACGAAUUCCCCGAGCCCAUCAAACUGGACAAGAACGACCGGGCCAAGGCCUCGGGCGAAAGCUGCAGCUGCUGAAGGGGCGGCGAGAGCAGAGCACAGAGUCCUUCACAGACCAGGAACACACUUCGGCCUUCCUACACGAGCCCCUCCCUUCCCACACACACCAUAAAGUUGUCUCUCGAAUCCAGCUGCCAAAAGAAACCCCAACAGACACCCUCGCCCUUACACGCGUGCGCGCGCGCGACACACACACACCCCUACACCUGAUACGAGCAGACAGACUCCAGCCCAGGCCUGUGACGGCGCCGUUGGGGUCUGCCCGCCCACCGCCUCAGCCCUGUGGCCCCCGACAGGCCCGCGGUAGAAACCGUGCUGGUGUGGAGUCAGCAUCGGAAUCGUAUUCUUUUUGUCCACUGGGGAGAGAGAACUGUUUACAGUUAAUCUGUGUCUAAUUAGUUAUCUGAUUUUUUUAACGGUCUCGUGGUCUUUUUAUCCCCAGCCCCCCCCCCCCCCCCCCCCCCCCCCCCCCCCCCCCCCCCCCCCGCUCCCGUGAAGGCCACCACUUGGGAAGGCUGGUGCCCCGCGCUUCGUUACAGGCUCACGCCCGCUCUGAUCGGGCGGAGUUUUGUAUGUAUCUGUUAAUGCUUGUUACUUUUAACUAAUCAGAUCUUUUUACAGUAUCCAUUUAUUAUGUAAUGCUUCUUAGAAAAGAAUCUUAUAGUACAUGUUAAUAUAUGCAACCAAUUAAAAAUGUAUAAAUUAGUGUAAGAAAUUCUUGGAUUAUGUGUUUAAGUCCUGUGAUGCAGGCGUGUGAGAUGGACGGUGAACCCUGUCUGGAUUUUGCAGAGUGUUAGCGACUCCGAAUUUAGAAGUCCAGCUAGAGGCAGUAUUCUGUACAGUAGACACAAGAAUCAUGUACGCCUUUUAUCAAAGACUUAAGAGCCAAAAAGCUUUUCAUCUCUCCAGGGGGAAAACUGUCUAGUUCCCUUCUGGGUCUAAAUUUUCCAAAAGGUUGAUUUUCAUAAUACAGUGGUGCGUGCAAUGGAUAAGUGGCUGUUUCCGAAGUUAAAAUUCUCAUCUUUCCUCCCCCCCCACCCUGCCCCACCCCGCCCCGCUUCAGUCCCCUGUAGGUCAGCAUCCUACUGAUAAGAGGGAAAGGAAAAUCCUAACACUUCUGUCCUAGUGAUUUUACCUUUGUUCUAGAAGGCGCUCCUUUCAGGGUUGUGGUAUCCUUAGGUUAGCAAACCUUUUUCUCCUCUUCCCCACCGACUCCCGGUAUCGCCCAUCAUUAAUUACCCUGUUUCUUUGGUAUGGAGCCCGGCAGUGUGCCCUCCCUCGGACCCACCCCUGCACUGUAGCUUGCUUAACGGAGCACUUCCCCCUUUCCGGAGGUCUGCAUUCUAGGGUGUGGGCCAAGUUCUUCUGUAAAGAGAUGAACGUGAUGCCAAUAAAAUGUAACAAGAACAAAGAUCA